AAUCUGCAGGCAAUCUAUUAUUUCUGAUCCUCAAGAAACUCACGAAUCUGAUAAAUUAACUGGAAUAGUUGCAGUCAACAUUGGUGGCAUAAAUCUUCGCUCCUUUGCUGGAGUCUGCAGAAUAUCUUAUCACGAAAAUGAGGAUUUACUCUCUCACAAUCUUCGAUAA